GCUUGACAGCUCCCAUCCUAUCUGGUUCUUAUCCAUACAUAACAACGGUGUCGUUUUAACCGAAGCGUCUGGAAAACCUAGACAGGCUAAACCUAACCUGCCUCGAACACUUGAGAGGCGGCAACUCUUUUCCUUGAAGGCCAAGCUAAAACCCAUAGACCCCUUUAUUUUAUACCGGACAUAAACUUCUUUUGAAGGAAAGACGGGAGCUUUUGUGUGUACAAAGAAGAUUUCGUUCGAUUCAACUCUUGCUCCGAAGUUCAUUGCCUGCAAUCUUCGACGAUAAAUCCGUUCAUGGAGUCUCCAAUGAUAAUAGGUGGUGUGGUGGGAGCUGCUGCCCUCGGCACACGAUUCUUAAUUCCCAGAUGGCAGGCUUUCAAAGCUUACCUUGCAAGGCCCCGCGCUCGAAGAUUUUAUCCUGGUGGAUUUGAGGCAGUUAUGACUCGACGUGAAGCAGCAAUGAUUCUUGGUGUCAGAGAGAGUGCUGUUAUGGAAAAGAUCAAGGAGGCUCAUCGGAGAGUGAUGGUUGCAAAUCACCCAGAUGCUGGUGGAAGCCAUUAUCUCGCAUCAAAGAUUAAUGAAGCCAAGGAUAUCAUGCUACGGAAGGGUAAAGGGGGAGGCUCCAUAUUUUAGAUUACCGGCUCAUUGUGCACUUUUUACUUCGAAAACGGGAGAGGCUCAUUGGAGCUAUACUGUUUUUUUACCAAAUAGCGAAAAGGUUCCAUUUUUGGUCAAGUUUUAUAAAGAGAAGUUGUACAUUGACAUUGAUUACUUUACAGCAUCGUUUCCGAGUUGAAUAUCAUUUCAUUCAGCCAGCAAAUUGAAGCGAUGAAUAAUACUCUAUUUUCAUGAAGGCCAUUGUUGUUCUAC